AUAACCUGGGUGACUGGUUGUCAGGAUCUUGACGGUAACCGCCUCUCCAGCUGUUUGAUUUAAUUUACGACUAAACGAGAACCCUCCAAGGCCAAAAACUAGUACAGAGAUGUGAAGUUGAUGAGUGAACAUAAUUAUUAUAAUGAGGUUAAUGUUCCAGAAAAAAAAUACUGGAAGCAAUUUUAUUUUUAAUGAUCAUUGUGUAAAUUGUGUGUGUAAAACGAGUUGGUGAUGUAAUGACGGGCUGGUGUGGGUGACAGAUUUUUUUUUGCCCCACUCCAUGGAAGCAACGCAGCGUCCGUUGUUAGUAAAAUGGCGGUGAUAAGUGAAAGUGAAAAUUAAAAUGUUUUGUUUGUUUGAUAACAAUGAUGCGUUCAAAGUUCAAACCUGUAUGGUUAUGGUUACAUUAGAAUCCUGCUCUAGCUAUAUUUUUACAUUGUUAAUAAAGCAGCUAAGUCGGAGGAGAAAAUAAAACAUGUACUACAAUAGAGAAUUGGUGUGUGUGUGGGUGUUUCGCAAGGUGGUUGAUGUAAGGAACAUUAUAUUCGAUUGGCAGUCAUUUAGUAUUUAGGUCCUUUUAUGCUUGCUUGUGUAUUUUCGUUUUACUCGUCAACAUGUCAAUUGUAUCGGAUAGUGUAUUGCAACUUUGCCGGUUGUGCGCGUCUUACCAAGCUAUUAAAAUGGAAAUUUUUGGAAGAGAAGGCAGAGAAAGAAACCUCGUCGAGAAGAUUGAAGUUUGUCUACCAUUCAAGAUACGCGAGGACGAUGCCUUGCCCAAGUCGCUGUGCUACCGCUGCAUGUACCUGCUGGAGAACUUCCACGACUUCAGGACGAACUGCGUGAACUCGGUGCGGCUCCUGGAGAGCUGCGUCAGCGACCCCGAGGGACGCAACGUGGAGCCGGCGCUGAGGCUGGAGUUCGAGCAGCUUAAGAGCCAGCUGCACCAGAUGGACUUGCAGCGCGAGAAGGAGCGACUUGACGGGGAUGACUUCAUGCCCCACCUUGAGCCCCAGGUAACGCCCGCUUGCGACCGCUCCUGGAGCCGCCGCUCGUCGAGCGAGGGCAACCACCCCAGUCCCGGCUGCUCCCCGCCCCGGCUCGAGCGGAACGAGGAGGCCGUUUCGGAGCCGCCGUGCGACCAGGGCGCGGAGCAGGGGGACUCCGACUCCAACUCCUGGGACACCUCCCGCGUCCAGACCAGGCGGAGGCUGAAUCACUCGCCGAUGCACGACUGCAAGCUGUGCGGCCAGACGUUCGUGUCGUGGAGCCAGCUGAACGUGCACAAGAGGAGUCACACCCGGGACCUGGACGACGCUCCGGAGAGCGGGCCCUUCUCCUGCGACCUGUGCUGCAAGUCGUACGCGCUGCCCAAGCACCUGUGGACGCACGUGAGCACGGCCCACCGGGGGGACCCCGCCGUCACCUGCCCCCUGUGCCGGCGCGUGUGCAUGAACCGCGCGCGCCUCGAGGAGCACCGGUGCUCGCACCGGGACGAGGGGGCGGAGCCCCGCCGGCACAUGCAGGCCAUGCUGAACACCCUGCUGAGUCGGCGCUCCUCCUCCCAGCAGUGCGCCGAGGUGAGCCUCCUGAAGCAGACCCUGCUCCGGUCGCGCUGGGACUCUGCGGAGGGCAGCUCGCAGGGACCGGACCUGCCGUCCGGGAAGCGGCCGGCCGAGGCCGCGAGCGACGCCCAUUCCGGCAGCCGCAGGAAGAACUCCUGUCCGAGGAAAAUAUCUCGAGAGCGAGCUGUAAGCACGUGCGAAGACGCGGCAGAGGCCGUGGAACAGUUUGUGUGCGAUGUGUGUUCGGUGGUGUUCGAGACAGCGCAACUUCUGGCAGACCACAAAGUAGUUCACAAAAUUGCUGAAGAGACAGCCCCCGUUGUUACCGUCAAAGAAAGGCCUUUCACCUGCCUGCUGUGUGAAAAAAGCUUCACGCUGCGUCAGUCUCUGAGUAGGCACCUCCUGUCUUGCCAUGGCAUAGAUCCCCAGGAUGUGAUGAGUACGUUAAAGAAAACACCUGAAGCCAAAAAAUAUAGUUUUCCUAACACAGAUGACUCUGCUGCUUUUGACGUAGCCAUGUUGAUGAAACGGGAAUCCACGGAGGAACAGUCAAACAAGAACUUCUUCUCGUGCGAGGUGUGCAUACGGGAGUUCAACGACCGCUCCAGUCUGUGGCUGCACAUGCUGUACGCACACAAGGACCAAGCGAUGUAUGCCUGCGGUGUCUGCCUGAAGGUGUGUGCCAACAACGACCAGCUGAUGGUGCACUGGAAGGAGCACAUCAACGUGUGUGAGCAGCGGCGGUACAUCUGCCAGAUCUGCGGUCGCCAGCACGACACGCGCAAGAAGUUGGUCAUCCACGCCGGCUUGCACUGCCUCGACGACGGCAGGGGCGGCUGCUACGACCCGGAGGCCAUCGUGUUGCAGAACCACGCGUUCUACAACCCGGAACAAAAAGGGAAAGAUGCCGAAGGAAGCUUGGACACGAACAGCCUCGAGAGCAAGUCGGAAGGCGCGGUGGGCUUGGACACAGCGAGCGACAGCUUCACCUGCGAAGUGUGCUGCAAGACGUUCCUGUCGGAGGAGAAGCUGGUGAAGCACAAGAAGAACUCCCACAAGGAGGAGACGUCCAUCAGCCUGUACAGGGGCACGUACCAGCUGUUCUUCGUGUGCGAGCUGUGCGGGUCGUCCCACCACAGUAAGUCGGAGCGGUGGCGGCAUGUCUACAAGUGUCACGGGGGCGAGGCGAUGCUGCGCUGCGAUCGGGGGUCGUGCGAGAAGGUGUUCACGACGCGAGCCUUGCGGCACGAGCACUGCGCCAGCCACCACCAGCUGCAGGGUGACACGCCGAACACCUGCGAGGUGUGCGGCAAGCUGUGGAGCUCCCGCGUCGACUUCUGGAAGCACAUGAUGGGCGUGCACUCGGACCUGGUGCCCUUGACGUGCGGGGUGUGUCUGAAGAUCCUCUGCGACGUGGCGGAGCUGAAGCUCCACGUCAGGAGGAAGCACUGGCCACUUGUCGGAGACUACUGCUGCGACAUCUGUGGGCGAGCGUAUUCCAACCAGUCCAAGAUGUCGAGGCAUCGCAAAGUUCACGAAGAGUUGGCUGCAAGUAAAGGUCAUUCAGAGUAUAGUUCUUCAGCUGUAAAGAAACAAUUAAAGGUGAAUGUUAAAAGCGAGAGCAAACCAUAUUUGCCCUCCCUGUGCUGCGACGCCUGCCCUGAACAGCAAUUUGGCAGUAUUUCUCAGCUCGCAGAGCAUCGCCGAAAUGCUCAUUCCUUGUACCCUUGUGACAUCUGCACCAAGUUUUACGGGCGUACGACACAUCUUCUCAACCACGUAAGGAGAAAACAUAAAGAUGAACCACAACUGAUGUGUCCCCUCUGUUCGAAACUGUGCAGUAGCAGCGUGGCCAUCUCGUCCCAUAUAGCGAAGAAUCACACCCCCAGAGACGAUCAAGUUAAGGCGAAGAAGCUUCCGGCAUUCAAGGCGGUGAAAGGUACGUACGGGCAGAAAUGCUCUUACUGCUCAAAGACGUUCUGGAAGCGCUCAGUUUACCGCAAGCACAUAAGAAGCUGUCGCAACAAGACGGUGGCGGAUGUAUCGUCCGUUCAGACCUGUGAGCUAUGCGAUGUCUCGUGCUCUUCGAAGACGGAGCUGGUGCAGCACAUUCGUGCACGGCACUUGGGUCACCCUAACUUCACCUGCAGUUUCGGAGAGUGCUCGCGCGUUCUACGCUCCCUCGUGGACCUGGAGAUGCACUUGAAGAUGCACACCAUGGACGUGGGUACGGCCACUUGCGACUUGUGCGGGGAGGUGUACGACAGCAAGCCCAAGAUCUGGAAGCACCUGUACAGCUGCCACCGGCUGAAGGACUUGGAGGGGCUGUGCGGUAUCUGCCUCAGGGCACUGCCCAGCGUCGACGAGCUGAAGGCACACCUGGACGCGGCACACCCGGGAGCCCGCGACAAGCCCAACACCUGCAGGCUGUGUGCCAGGACCUACACCGGUGCCUACAAGGUUCUGCUCCACGUCGCCAAGUGCCACGCUUCCUACUCGGUGUGCAAGAUCUGCUUGGAAAUGUUUGCAGACCCCUCGGAGAUGGCAGUGCACGAGGGGACCCACGCGGAGACCCCGGAGGGCGAGGCUAGCGACGAGCACGAGGAACCGGACACCGCGGAGCCCGUGCCCGAAGAGACCUCCACGGAGCGCAUUCCGGAGAAGAGGCAGUCGGUGGAAUCGGGGGAAGCUGGGAUCCUGGGGAAAAGACCAAAACGGUCGUACGGCUGCGAUCUGUGCACUCGGGUGUUCCAGUCGCCGUCCGCGUUGUCCGAGCACAAGAAGCAGUUCCACUUGUCGACGGCCAGCGACUACAAACCUUACCACUGCAGCACGUGCAGCAAGCACUUCUCCAACAAGACAAACUACUGGAAGCACAUCAACUCCCCCUCGCACGCCAGCAUGCGCAAGAUGGCGGCAGGCACUCCGAGCCAAGGGGAGGUGUUCGCCCAGGAGGAUAGCAGAACCUCGUACGUUGGAAGCGAAGGCUUCGACUCGAGUCGCAGCCUGCAGGAAGAAGAGAGCUUGGACCAGGAAGAAGCGCACGGCGCCGCUAGGCGGAGGUCCGACACGCGCAAGGUGUACGCUGCAGACGCGACGGUCGCCGGGCCGUACUUCUGCUGUCUGUGCGGCAAGAAGUGGCCCGGCCGUAAGCACCUGUGGCAGCACCUGAUUCGCAACCACCGGAACGAGGCUGCCGUCACGUGCGGAGUCUGCCUCACGGUGUGCUCCGACUACCAGGACCUGUCGCGCCACCUGUCCAUCCAGCACCCGGGCAACUUCCUGGGCGACGGGAACAACUUCACCUGCAGGACGUGUGGCCGUUACCACAACGCGCGCUGCAAGCUGCUUCAGCAUGUGCUGAUCCACAUCGUGCUGGGUCCGGGUCCCGAGAAGCAGCCCCCGUCGCUCACGGAGCUCAUGGAGGCCCAGGGGGCCAGAGGAGAGGACCAGGCUUCACCGCGCGAGCAGUUUCAGGAAGCUGGUGACUCUGAGCCAGAGAGCGCAGGCUUUUUGUCUGCUUACAUCGAGUUAACGUGCCAGCAGUGUGACAGUGCAUCAUUUGACUCGUUGGAGGACCUUCUGAAGCACCAGGAAACCUGCCAGGGGGCCGCGGGGUCGGAGAAGAAACAGGAGUCUCUGGUGGAGGAGACCGCGGACUCCUCGCAGAGCAGCAGUGACGACAGCGACAGCAGCUCGUCCGGCUCCAGCUCCGACAGUUACAUCGCCGAGAAUGGUGUUGGGGAUGGCGAUGAGGAUGUUUUACCAGAGUGUGUGGACUACGAAGUGUUUGGUGAUGAAGUGAAGCUCGGUCAGAAAGUGCGACCGAACACUCCAAGCAUAAUAAAUACCCCUCAGAGCGUCGUCGAUGAGAGUGCGAGUCCUGCGAUGGGUGAUGUCGACUUGAUGGAUGGAUCUUAUUUCGAAGAAGAAAGCUUGGAGAACAUGAGCUACGACUCUAAAGGGUGUAUCCGGGUGGCCUUUCGUGUAGGAGAGGAAGACCUUUCGUCGGAGAAGUUAAAACAGGCGAAAAGUGGCUGUGAUGUCGUACGAGACGAAACGAGCGUCUGUGCGGUGGGCUCUGCUGCAGGCGGGUGCGGAAGUGGCCAAGUUGACCGUUGUGCGGACGCUGUGAGCAACGGUCUUCCCGAGGACGCAGGCAGUCCGGUCGAAGCUGCGGACGGUGGAGGGACGUGUGUGGUAGAUGAGGUGGGUGUCGCUGGUGACUUGUUGAGUGACAGUCUGAACUCGCUAGGCAUGCUGAAUGCCGUGGAAUCCGUGGACAUGUGACGUGCCAGUUGCAACUGUGGGCCGCCUGUGUCUGGCGAGUAGCAGGACGCAGCUCUCACGGAAGGCCAAAGAAUUUGGCAGAACGAUUGCUGGUUUUCGGUGCUUUUCUCUUUAUUGCGGCAUUUGUAGCAGGAGUAUAAAAUAUUUUUUAUACUUUGUUAGUGAUCCAAACCCUUCUCUCUUACGUUUUCUUUAUUAUUGUGUAAAUAUAUUUUGUAUAUUUGUAUGUUCCAGAUUAGUUAAUUCUUUAGCUUGGAUCUUAAAUUACUGUCUUUAUUUUGAAUCAUGCAUUUCCUGUUUUGCAAAAUAAUUAGUUACUAUUUAUUUGUUUCGUGUGAUCACAAUUUUUGGAGUAAGACUCAAGCUUAGAUAUACACAUUACCUAUUUACAAGUUGAUCCAAGAGAACAGUAGUAAUAAUGUAAAGUUAACGUAUUUCAAUCUCCAUCUAAAAUUCUCCAAGUGACAAACAAUCUUGAAGUGCAGGCAGAUUUCAGAGUUCUUGGUUUUUAUAUGAAGGAACAGAAUCAGCUACACUGUCUUUGUACAUUUUAGCUCCACUUUUUAUAUCUGGCUGUAACGGAUAUUGUGUUCUGCCUUGGCGAGGGAUUUGAAGAUUGUUCUUGGCAUCCUCAGUUGUUUGAUGAAAAGCCACUUUAUCCAGAUAAUUAACUGACUGCAUAGCAGUUAAAAAUUUCUUAAAUAUGUUGGCCAAUGAAUGAAGGCAGAAAAUUUAAAGGAUUAAAUUAAUCCUGGCCAGGUCAAUAAAAUAUAAAUAAUUCAUUAGUGAACCUGGAAAAAUUUCAACUUUUUAUUUCAUUUUAAUAAUCUGUGAAAAUGUGCUUCAUAUUUUUUUUCCUCGCAAAUAUGAAUUUGGGCUGAGGUACGCAUCCCGCGCCCAACUCGCCCGUCUGGCCAGACCGGUUGUUACCUGCACGUCUCUUUUCAGGGCAGGCAGUCCAGCAUAUUCAACUUCUUUAUUGGUGUAUAUUUUAAGUACCGUGUUUUAUCGCAUAAUCGUCGCACUUUUUGUACUAAAAUCAAGAUUGAAAAGUAGAGAUGCGAUUUUUAUGCGAGAAAUGCAUUUUUGUUGAGUUGAAAGUAAUUAAUAUAAACAAAAACAUAUUCCUGGAAAGUACGUUUAAUCAAAAAGUAGAGUAUACGAAAGCACGCCAAACCGUUUAAAUUUAAUAAUUCAUGUAACAAAAACACAUUUCCUUCAACUUUAAAUAGAAAAAUGACAGUGACCCAAACUAUCGUCAUAGCACACAGUAACCAUGAAAGAUUGCAGACUAUUAAAUGUAGUUUACUCUGCACUAGACGGUGCAUGCAAUCUGCGAGCUAUCGACAUUGGUAUUCGACCACAUGCACGCACUCUAUACGGACAUCAACGUAACCAAACAUGAAUGAUGCCAACUAGCACUGGCUACUUUUUUAUGAGCGGUACACAGCGGUAACGAAGACGAACAAAGGUUACAUUUUAAAAUGUCUUACAAAGAAAUUUUACACAUCGGACAACUUUGUAUUUCUAUAAAUUAAAUAAGUAAGAAGUAAUAUCCAAACAAAUUAUAGAUUUAAACUUUAAAAUAAAUUGUUUAACAUUGUAAAAUAAGUUUAUAGGCACCAUUUUGCAUGGAAAAAAAUAACGUACUUCUUAUUGAGAAAAUGGCAGGACUAAAACACUUGACCAUAUUGGAUGGAAAAUCAUAUUUUAGUGGUACAGCUUGAACGAGUUUAUUUUUUGGGUACAUCGUAAACGAGAUUGCUGUAAUUCUAAUUACUGUUUUUCCCAUUAUAACUGCCAAACUGCCUAACAGCAACUUGGAAACUGACUGCUGUUUCUUAAUGUUUUUAUCCUGUCUUGUUUAAUACCUACAAGAAGUACUUGGAUUAACAGUGGGACCAAAAACAUCAUGCUACUUACAUGCAAGUAUUUUUUUUCUUUCCAAAUUUUGAUGCCCUAAAGUACUGGUGCAAUGAUAUUGCAAUAAAACAUGGUAAGUAUCUUUUUGUAAUUAUAUGUUUAUUUUUUCAAUCAGCUGUACAAGUUUGCCAAUUAGUUCCUGUAUUUUUACAGUUAAGUAUAUUAAGCAUCUAUGAUCUUUGUCCACCCUCAAGGCAAAAGCUGGUGAACUGAAAUGGAAAAUGAUAAUUAAGAAUUAAUGUAACCUAGUAAAAUCAAAAUGCAUGUUCUCUCUCUUGGGGCUCAUCCAAUAAAUUAGAAACUAAAUCUCGUACAGUUUAAUUAAAAUAUCAUUAAACAUAGUGUUAUUUUGGUUCUUGUAGAAGGUAGUACAGUAACUUAAAAAAAUAAACUUUGUUUUAGUUUUUACCAAUUGGUUUUGUACGUUAUUGGUGUUUAUAUUCAAAUGACAACAGCAAUAAAAGUAUAACAUUUUUAUAGUGUAAACAUUUUACUAUUGCUGUGUAUGUGAUAUGGAAUUGUUAAAAAUAGUUUGUUUUUUUAAAAUUUGAUUGUAAGUUUCCUUUCAGUAAUAACGAACGUGUUGUGGCUAUUGCGGUGGGGCUGGGAGGUGCAAUUCUUAUCUUUGUUUUAUUAGCAAUGUGACUGGCUGUUCAUUAAGUUCAAACUGCCGGUUAAUGUGAUAUGCGUUAAGUUAUCUGUGAAUUUUUGUUAAGUGUUGUGCAGAUACAAGAUGGGUGCAGCGUUCAUGUUCUGCUAUGAGCACGUUUCAUCACGACUAUUGACAUCUUGGGCAGAUGGGUUCUAAUUUUGAGUAACGUUCUGAUGGAGUGGCUGCAGAGUAUUUGUACAGUUAAUUAUUAUAUGGCAAAAAAAAAAAAAAUUAAUUUGGUUAUGCGGAUUAUGCAUUUGAGAUUGUUCUGUGCAGUGGUCUACCAACAAAAUAUUAAAAUAUUAUUUUGAUUUUCAUCACAUUCUGGCAUCCGUAUUACAGAAGACUGCUUUAAUACCACACCUAAGUGUUUGCAUUUUGUGCGUGUACAACACUGAAAAUUAUGAGUGAUGUGAUUGGCAGACAUAGCAAUGCACGUUGAGUUCAUCACUGGACAUUCAUAUUCUGACCAGGGUUGGUUAAUUUAAACCACAAUUGUUUAGUCAAGUGGUUUUUAUAAAAAAACAAAUUUUUUUUAAAGUAAUGUAUUUGUAAAAAGAUAGACUAUCCUAAUUUUCUUUAACGAAAAGUCCUAAUUACACUCUUAUAACAAAAGUUAAGUCAUUAAUGUUUCUUAUGAUUUAAAGUAACAAAAAAUAUAUAUACUAAUCAAGAUCUUAUCAGUUAGAUUAUCUGAAUAAGUUAUAAAUCAUACCCAGCUAAAUACUGCUGUGAAAUUUAAAAAAUAUAUAUUGAAUAGUUAAUGCUUGUUCUGUGGGAAAUCACCAACUGAGGUGUAAAUACCCAUUCUGUGAGAAACAUCCAUUCUAUGGUGAAGUCUCCAGUCAGAUGUGCAGAUUUGCUGGAUAUCAGUUCUUUUAUGUUAUAACUUUCCUGGUUCAACAUGAGUGGUAGAAAGCUGGAUGAUGUAUGGUUUUAAUUUGAGCACACUGAGAACCCAAACAACUAUUGUAAUUAAAAAAAAACCCGGUUCAAACAAAAAAAAAUUGUUUUCCCAACCCUGAUUCGGAUAUAGUAGGGCAGUGAUGUAUUUUAACUUUUAAACAUUAUGCUUCCCUGUCACUCGUAAUUGAGAAAGUAUAAUACAGGUGAUGCAAAUUAGUAAUCCCUUAAUGAAAUUGAUGGUUCUUAUUACUCUUGAAUUUAGUGUGUCCAUUGUCCUGAUGUUUGAAGUAGCGAGAAGCGCACAUCUAUAUGCUGGAGUUGUAAAAUAAGCUGCAUCUGUAUUUUUAGUUUUUGAAGUUGUUCAUUUCAGAUUUUCUUGUUGCCUUGCCAAGUUUUUUUUUUAAUAGUAAUAAUACUAAUUCAUGUUUGUCUGAUUGUCUCUACUUGAUAUUGUGCCAAUGUAAGAUGAAAAGUUUUGUUUACUUCUUUCAAAAAGAAUGUCCAGUGGCAGUACUGUAAACACUUUUUGCUGACUUUUGAAAUAAAAUCACUGCCAGCGGUUUUAUAUUUGUGUCCUGAAUCUUGUGUUAGCGGUGGUCAGGAGUGUUAUUUUAUGAGUUGGAAGCUUUGUUUCGGGAUUCAACUACACAAUCAAACGUUUAUCAGAGAUGGACAAGCGAGACUAUUGAUAAAAUUAACAAUAAAUUAUAAUUCUACAUGAAAGUUUCUAAUGCAUGAAUUUAUUCUGUAUACAGUUUAAAUUGAAGUUUUUUUUAUAUUAAAAAAAGCUGUGCCCAUCUCUUGUGUUUAUUUUGCAUGUUAGCAAAUAACAAUGUUGGUUUCAUCUUGUAUAACAUAGCCUGGAUGAAUUACACUGUAGUGUAAUACGUCAACUUCAUACAUUCCAAAUUAAUACCUUAAACACAAAAAUGUUAAAAUGUUUGGGUUGUAGGCUGGAUAUUUCUUCUCCAGGAUGAAACAAAUAUUUGCAAACCAUGAGAUUAUUUUGUUCUGUGUGUGAAAAAUGUUCCUUGAAGUUAAUAGUAUACAGUUUUUUUUUUUAGGGAAAAAAACUGUUAAGUCAUUAGAAAAGGUAGCAGCAUGUUACACUUAUCUACAAAGGCUGAAAACUAGUGUGUGUGUGUUGUCUAAAGUAUUAAUGCUGUCUGGUUAAAAUGGUGUAGUGUAAGAAAAUUGCUAUCAUCCCACCUCUGUAAAAAUUUAUAGUUAUUGGAUUAUUUGGAUUUGUAUUUAAGGCAUAAUUUUUUGUGAAGCAUUACUUAUGCAUUUAUUCUCACACUUUCUUGGACACUUAAUGCUUCUUGCUAGUUUAUCUAGUUAACACAGUAUUUAAUUGACUGUAAUGCGUGAUCCAACUGAUAUAAACCUAUACGUCAAAAAAACAUGUCAUCAUGCUGUUUUAAAAAUAUUCAGAUUUGUUUUUUAAGUUUCAUUUUUCAAAUUCAGAUUCUGUACAUCUCAAACUCCGACCCAUAUUAAACAUAUAUUUUAAAAAUUUCACUGACGUAUGGUUCUAAAAGUAUUAUGUAUAUAUCAUCUCCAAUGGUGUGAUUUCACUAUGAGACUCCAUUGAAUGUAUGAAUAUAUGUACAGACUGAAUGUAUGGUUUAGUGUAAAAUGUGUUGGUGGGCAUGUGAGAAAAGUUAUCUGUAAAGCUAGCUUUUUUUCUCAGCAUUAUAUAGGAUUUUAAGUGAAACUUUUGCUCUCUCUUAUGACUUGUGUUUUUGGUCACAGGCUACAUCCAUGUGACUGUAAUUAUGUACGAUUUGUAAAUGCAGGUUUGAAUGUUGCAGUGGCUUUAUUCAUAGUGUGUAGUGCGGAGUUUCUGUAGAAAUGUUUUAUUAAUUUACAUGAUUUCGCUUAAUUCAGACUAAAAUUACUCCAUGAAUUAUUUCCCCUCUGUGUUUGAUUUUAAAUUAUGUGCGGUACUCUCAGUUUUUUUAUGAAUAGCACACUCUUAAUUCAAUAACUUGCAAACCCUCAAAAUAUUCUUUACCUCCACGAAAUCAUUUUAAGUAACAGAUGUUUUACUUUUAGUGUAUUGUCAUUUGAUAUCUAUCCACUAUUAUUUCAUUUACUAUCCAAGAGUGAAAGAUGAGAUUCCUGUUAAAAACUGAAGUCCCUCUUUAGUUUUUUUUUUUUUUAAUUCCAGUGAAUUAUUGCAUGGAGAUUAAAGAUGAUAUAAUGUACUAUGUUUUGCUGCUAAGCAUGUUUAGUUGAACUAUAACAACUCGUAGUGUGUGAUGAUGUAGAGUAUCUAGUCUGAGUAAUUCCUUUCCGUAGGAUGAGUAUCUUAAACAAUCACAACCAACCACAUAUGGUGUUUAACAGUGUAUGUAUGUGAAACGGUAAAUCAUUUGUAACGAAUGUUUGAGAGUUUGAUCAUCUCGGUUGCACGACUCGGGGAAGGGAUACCAGCCUUGUGUUCAUGUCAGAUGGGGCCUUUACACCUUUGGGUUCGGAACUUAAUGGUUUUGCUGUUGUAAUCAUCAGUACGCACUACAAACGUAACACUUAAAAGAUUUGAAAAUGGUUGACAAAGUAGGUAGUGUACGGGUCAGUUGGCAGUGUUCUCAUUAAUCCACCUCAGAUUGAUUCAGAAUUCUUGUGUGUACGCACAUGUGUCCAGGAUAGCCGAAUGCCGAUUUUGUUAUUGUAUUCUUAAUUUCAUGGGACAGAACAUUUAUUUAAAUACAUUAAAACUUACUAAGAUUUUAAAAAGUAUAAAACACAAAAAUUUGCAUACUUUAUAUGUAGAGCGGAGUCCCGCUAAUCCAAACUACCUGAGGAAGAGAUCUGUUCGGAUUACCACAUUUUUGAAUUGGCAGAAUAAUUGUAACAGUGCAACAGCAUAAAGAAUUUAGCUAUCACAUAACACAGUGUAUAACAUUUUACUUGCACAAAAUCACUCAACAUGCUAAGGUAAAAACAAUAAGUAACACCAUUAAUAAAUGGUAAAUAAAAUUGGCCAAUUUCGGUACAUGAAAUUUCCAAAUUUAUCCUUUGUAAAUAUAUGCAUACUUAGAGGAACAUACAAAUACAAUUUCCAGAAUUUUAUUUUGAUUAUUUUAUAAGAGCACCAAUUAUAGAAAAUGACUGUUCUAAAUUCAAAUCUAAACAAAAUUAUGGAGCUAAAUCUACAUAAAUACAUUGUAAUAUGUCUUCUCAUAUCUUUAAUAAAUAUUUCCUGGCCUGAACUAUAAAAUCACUCAAAUACAAAGUGUAAAUAAUAUGUUAAUUCCAAAUUACUUUUCACAUUUGUUCAGAUGUUUUCUGGUAAACAAAGUUUUUUCCCACAAGUUAGAGGUACAUAUCAAAAUACUUUGUUAUUGAAAUUUGUUCUCUGUUCCUUAUCGUGACCUAGAGUAGUCUUCAGAAAUGGCAUCACAUCAACUCUUGGAAAUAAGUAAUUGCAAAAGUAAAAAGAAGCCUAAUUUAAUCUUUUUUUCCUUUCUUUUUGCAAAUUUUGUGCUUAACUUUUUUUCAUUGGCCCUAAUAGUAAGUUCUAAAAUUAAAAUAAAAUAGUUUACUGAAUUAUUGUUAACCCUAAUUUAAUUUUAAUUGAAAGGACUCCACUAUUUAUAUAAAAUAUAUUUUAAAAACUUAAGCUCACUAAAAUAUAUAUUUACAGAUGAUCAUUUAGUAUAAUUUUAAUCAAUGUCUCAAGUUGUCUUGCAUUAUAAGAAGUCACCUCAUAUGAAAAGGUCAUUGUAGAUUUCAGGUCACUUCUACCUAUUGCUCAUCACACUUGCUGUGUAUCUGUUUUUUCUUCAUCUAGCUCACCAAUGUAAGCACUCGGUUCCUGCUGAUGGAGCGUGUGUCAAUUCCAACAUUUACUAUUGAAUAAAUCUAUCUUCUGUCUGCCUGAAUAGUGACUUAUUUUCGACAACCUUGUAGCUAAGACUAAAGCAUUCAUUUCAGUUUCUCUGAAUCAAAAUAGCCAAGAUUUCUUGACUUAACUUGUGAACCCAGCUGUGUGAAGUUUCCGACUGUUCAAGCAAGUAGUAAGUUUGAUAUAAAAAUCCAAUUCAGGCUAAGGUAGUCUAAAACUACCUGUGUACGGAAUCAUUUUAGCAUCAUUGUGGUUAAUUAUGAAAGAAGCAAAUGUGCUUGGCAUGCAGACGUGAUGCAGUUUAAUAAAUCGGGGGCGACUGAAAUGCUGCCCCUUGAAAGGUCGGCCCUUCAGGAUUUUUCUGGCAAUGGUUUGUUUGUACAGUGACUGGAAGGGCAGCCCAUCCAAUUUCUGAAAACAUGUUUCUUUAAGUGUUUAAAUAAUCCUGAAAACUUGCCCCUUGGAAGGGCGGCCCAUCAGGACUUUUCUGACAGUAGUGUUUUUGAAAGGUUGUCUGAAUUGUUGCCCCUUGGAUGGGCAGCCCUUCAGGAUUUUUCUGACAGUGGUUAGUUUUUAAAGCGACUGGAAGGGUAGCCCUUCCAGUAUCUUAAAAUGUGUCUAUUUUCGUAAUUUUAUAAUCCUGAAUUGUUGCCCCUUGGAAGGGCAGCCCAUCAGGAUAUCUUUAACAGUGGUGUUUUUGAAAGGUAGUCUGAAUUGUUGCCCCUUGGAAGUGCAGCCCUUCAGGAUUUUUCUGACUGGUUAGUUUAGGUUAGGUCACGGUUAGUUUAGGUUAGGUCACUUUACAAACUAACUACUGUAAGAAAAAUCCUGAAGGGCUACCCAUCCAAGGGGCAAUAAUUCAGACAACCUUUCAAAAACACUACUGUCAGAAAAAUCCUGAAGAGCUACCCAUCCAAGGGGCAAUAAUUCAGACAACCUUUCAAAAACACUACUGUCAGAAAAAUCCUGAAGGGCUGCCCUUCCAAGGGGCAGCAUUUCAUUUGGAAUGUCGAUAAUUCAUUUCUAAUCCCUCUGUAGCAGUGUGCUGUUACUUGACGUCGUAAUGCUCGGAUCAAGUGAGGGCACACCCUUCUAUUGCUCACCCAAAAAUCAUCAUUGAUGGCAUACAGUUUUGUAAUGUAAACAAUCUUGAAAUUCAAACAACAUUCGUGUUGGUUGCAUGUAAGAGUAUUAAAUCCCGUGCAAAUAAAAUUUGUGUUCAUGCUGCGAGGUGUCUGAACAGUUGUAUUACGAGAAUAAUUCUACAAAAAUAAUUUAUCGGUGGAAGAAAUGAUAACCCAUUCCUCUACAUUUUUCAUGCAAUGAAGUAACUUCAGAAUUUACAGGGAAAAGUUAGUUGUGUAACAGUCAAUGCCAGGAAACAAAACUAUGCUGGAUAAUUCAUCUAAAAAAGAGGAGCAAGUUAAGUUGUUAAGUUUUUUCCAAUCCCAGUCAUACUUAUGCUAAUUAUUUUAAUUUCCAUCUGUUUGGAGUAUAAGUUAAAUGCAUUGAAACUUAUUUCCAUUUUGUCUUGAGCUUUGCCAAAUUAGAUUUUUUAAUUUAAUAAUUACAUUAAGAAAGGUGUUUAUGUUGAUGGUAGUUAUAGGUGCCACUUCAAGUAACAUUCUUUUAGAAUUCCCGUUGCGCAAAGCAUUACCACGUUCUUUAAUUAUAUUUUUCAACAGCUUUUGCUGAACAGGGAAACAAGGUUAGCUUCUUCGUAAAAUAGCAAUUAUUGACUAACACUUCAGUAUUGAAAAUGUUUCCUUAAUGAUGUUAAUUAUGUAUAGUUGCUUAGGUGAGUCAGUUACUGAUGAGUGUAAGUAUGUGUAUAUAUUUGUGAAAGUUGAACUUGUAUUUACUUCAACUGUAUGUAUAUAAUCAUUUUUAUAUUGGAAAAUAAAAUUAAUUUGCAUAACAAACAACAA